UCCUUUCCUCUUUUCUUAUAGUUCAGGCUUUGAAGUCUUCUUCCUUCUUCUCCUCUCCAAUGGCCAAGUUGCUUCCACUGUUCUUCUUUUUACUCAUCACACUCUCCAUGGUCUCAUGUGAGGUUGCUCAUGAGGUGGAGGUGGAGCUAGCUAAGAAGAGCCAAAGGGGGAUGUAUGGCCCGGGAAGCCUAAAUAGCUACCAGUGUCCGAGCGAGUGCAGCAGGAGGUGCUCUCGGACGCAGUACCACAAGCCAUGUAUGUUCUUCUGCCAGAAGUGCUGCAGGAAGUGUCUGUGUGUGCCUCCGGGGUUCUACGGGAACAAGCAACUCUGCUCCUGCUACAACAACUGGAAGACCAAGCGUGGCGGGCCCAAAUGCCCCUAAGCUUUAUUCAUGUCCAUGUCCCCAACCCUCUAUUGUUCUCUUGAUCGGUAGAGGUGGGAGUUCUAGAUGUGGAUGGGUUCAUUGUUUACAUGGUUGGUGACUUCUCUGUUGUCA